AUGGCAGAACUUCAACAAACACCAUUAGAAAAUUCAGUAGUCACUUCUUCAAAGGCUGAGCAACCUGUGGCUGAACAACCUGUGAUGGUUAACCAACAUUCAUUAAUACAAGCUUUGACUUAUCUUCGUUCCGAGCUAGAAAAAGUACAAAAUGAAAAGAACGACUUGGUAAAAGAACGUAUUACUUUGUUAGAACAGUUAGAAUUUGAAAGGAAUAAAAGUAAUAGUUCUAGAACUAGUGUAGAUACCACAAUAGACACUCAAGAGGACUCUGCUAGUCUACAGAGUAACAAUGACCACGAAAAAGUGGUUGCAGAAUUACGUUCUCAAAUUGAACAGUUUGAAGACGAGAAAAAAGAUUUAAUCGUACAAGAGCAGGAACUAUCAGAUUUAAAGGCUAAGCUUGAGCAGGUACAGGAUGAAAAGAAACAACUGGAGAUACAACAUCAGAGUUUGAUUGCAAAGCUGGCUAAUUUCAAGACUUCUAUUGCCGACAAAUUAAAAACAGACAUGGAGGAUUUAAAUCAGAAAAAACAAGAAAUAGAUAAACUUAAUAGAAAUAAUCAAGAACUCUUAAAUACAAUUUCUCAAUUACAAUCAGAACUUUCAUUAUCUCGCAAUGAGCAUGAUAACAUGACACAACGUUUGCAAACACUAGAAACGCAUCUUUACGAAGUACAGCACCAAACAUCACAGGAAUUAUCCGAAAAAGAUAAUAUAAUUAGGGAUUUACAAAUAAAUUUAGAUCGUUCUGAAAGAGAAAGAGAAGAUGCAGAUGUAUCUGCAAUGGAAUUAAAGAGUGCCAAAGAUGAGUUACUUGCUCGUAUAAAACAUUUAGAAAGGGAAAUUGAAGCGUUGAAAUAUGAGAAGGAAGUUCUAAAGGUGGAAAAGAACAAUGAAUCCGAGAGUUUGGCUAAUUUACAGAGCGUCUUGGAAGAGUUUGAAGCAGCUAAACAAUCUGAAAUUCGAGAGGCUAUCGAAGGAAUACAACGACGACUUUCUACAACAAGUAAAGAGCUGACAGAGUUUAAAGAGCGUGCGUUAUUAGCCGAGAACCAAUUGGCACAAAUUAAAGAAGGAAUUGGUCGUACGGCGCAAUAUGAAAAGGAGAUUAAAGAAAAGAAUUUGUUGAUUGGAAAACUACGUCAUGAAGCCGUAAUAUUAAAUGAACAUUUAACCGAGGCUCUUCGUCGCAUGAGAGAAGAAAGCAGUGAAAAUAAUGUGGAUAAGCGUCUAAUUACAAAUCUUUUAAUAGCUUUCUUUAAUACUCCUCGUGGAGAUAGUAAGCGUUUUGAGAUAUUACAAUUAAUGGCAAAUAUGUUACAAUGGAGUGAGGAACAAAAAGAACAAGUUGGGCUAAUCAGAAAAGCAUCAUCUAAAACACUGGAUGAACGGUCGGGUGGUUGGGGUUCAGGCUUAUGGACUCCAACUAUUGAGAGGCCACGAAACAGGUUAUCUGAAGAUAUUCCAAGAACAAUAGUCAGAAUGAAUGACGAACCGCCAUCAAAAGAGUCAUUUUCAGAUAUGUGGAUAUCAUUUUUACUUAGAGAAGCUAGCAAGGACAGUUCUGAGCCAAACGCUAACAGCAGCUCUGUUUCUACGCAAAGCGAAUAG